AUGUCUGGGCCAGGUGAGGUGUGUGGGGCCCUCAAUGUCACCGUGUCCCCGGGGCCUGUGGUUGACUACCUGGAGGGGGAAAAUGCCACUCUUCUCUGCCAUGUCUCCCAGAAGAGACGGAAGGACAGCUUGCUGGCCGUGCGCUGGUUCUUCGCACGCCCCAACUCCCCGGAAGCCUUGAUGGUUAAGAUGACCAAGCUCCGGGUGGUGCAGUACUAUGGGAAUUACAGCCGCAGCGCCUUCCGGCAGAGGCUGUGCCUCCUUGAGGAGAGGCGCGGGGCACUCUACACACUCUCGGUUUUGACCCUCCGGCCAGCAGAUCAAGGGCAUUACGUCUGCAAAGUCCAGGAAAUUAGCAAGCACAGGAAUAAGUGGACUGCCUGGUCCAACGGCUCCUCAGCGACGGAAAUGAGAGUGAUUUCCCUCAAAGCUUCUGAAGAUUCAUCCGUUGAGAAAAAGAAAGAGACCUGGGCGUUUUUUGAAGAUCUCUACAUAUAUGCUGUGCUCGUGUGCUGUGUGGGGAUCCUCAGUGUCCUCCUCUUCACCCUGACCAUCAUCUGGCAGUCUGUAUUUAGCAAGAGGAAAGCCAGAGCGAGACAUUAUUUGGUGAAAUGUCCUCAGAACAGCUCAGGGGAGACCGUGACCAGUGUGACCAGCUUGGCCCCACUGCAACCCAAGAAGGGCAAGAGGCGGAAGGAGAAGGCCGACGUUCCUCCUGCAGUGCCUGCCAAAGCUCCCAUAGCUACCACAUUCCAUAAACCGAAGCUGCUGAAACCACAAAGGAAAGUUGCCCUGCCGAAGAUUGCCGAGGAGAACCUGACCUACGCUGAGCUGGAGCUGGUCAAACCCCACCGGGCUGCCAAAGGCCUCCCCACCAGCACUGUCUACGCCCAGAUCCUCUUUGAGGAGAACAAGCUGUAACGUGGCGUCCUCUUCCGUGGGCCUAUUUAAUACCUGCCACCCCAGUUAUUUAUGAUACCUUGGAAAGCAAAUCCUUAUUUUCGUAUUUUACCUCGUGCCUUCUGUGUGAUGAGGAGCCCUUUUCCAGCGGCGU